CAGACAUUUUUCAAAAACAUCUGGCAUCUCUGCUGCGGUGUCAUACAAGUAGAAGUACAACAAACAGUCUUUCUCAUAGCUCCGUUUUGUAUUAAGAUAAAUAUAAAAAUAGUUUUCGAAUUUUGGUAAACGUAAAAAUUAGUGACUUGCUAAUUCUAAUUUCUUUACACAAGUGUGCCGCUUACAAAAUCUUGCUAAUUAAAUACCAUGGCUCGUCGGUAUGAUUCGAGAACCACUAUUUUUUCUCCAGAGGGUCGUUUGUAUCAAGUUGAGUAUGCCAUGGAAGCUAUUUCCCAUGCUGGAACGUCGCUAGGAAUAUUAGCUAAGGAUGGUAUAUUGUUAGCUGCCGAAAGGAGAAAUACCAAUAAACUAUUAGAUAGUGUUAUUUUCUCUGAAAAAAUCUAUAAGCUGAAUGAUGAUAUGGUUUGCUCAGUAGCUGGUAUCACUUCCGACGCUAACGUAUUAACAAAUUUAUUGCGAGUGAUUGCCCAACGGUACCAACUAAAUUAUGGUGAAGCCAUGCCUUGCGAACAACUAGUGUCACAUUUGUGCGAUGUAAAACAAGCUUAUACACAAUACGGUGGAAAACGUCCAUUUGGGGUAUCCAUUCUAUACAUGGGCUGGGAUAAACAUUAUGGAUAUCAGCUUUAUCAAUCGGAUCCGAGCGGAAACUACGGUGGUUGGAAAGCUACAUGUAUUGGUAACAACUCUGCGGCUGCAGUUUCAGCUCUUAAGCAAGAACUUGGGGAUGCUGAGAUUACAUUGUCACAUGCGCAGGAUCUUGCAGUGAAAAUUCUUUCCAAAACACUUGAUAUGACCAAGUUAACAUCCGAGAAAAUUGAAAUGGCAGUACUAACAAGGGAAAACGAGAAAACAAUAAUUAAAAUUCUCACCAAUACAGAGGUAGAUGCCUUGAUUGCGAAACAUGAAAAGGUUGAAGCUGAGGCGGAAGCAGCAAAGAAAGAAAAGUUAGCCCAGAAAACCGAAAAAUCAUAAGUUUGAAGAAAAAACUAAUACAAUGCGAUGUAAUUUCAUAAUAAUGCUACAAAGCAUGUUUUUUUAAUUAAAACGCUCUAUUCACAUCUA